AAGGGGAAGGUCCUACAAAAUAGAAGGCUCUGAUGGGUGCUCGGCAAUGCAAGUGAAAGAAAUGAGGCGGUUUAUUGACGUGAGACAUCCAAAGGGAGGAUGUCAAAAAUCAAAACAAAACUCGGCCAGGAACACCAAGAGCGGUUGCGAUUGGCACGCCCAGCCUCUCGGUUCUGGUUCGCCUACUUAUUGCAUGCUCAUACAUACAUAUGUACUUACGCACAUAAAGAUGGUGACCUGCGACCGUUAGGCCUCAACGCAGGCUUUCGAGCAUUCCACUCCG